AUGAACUUGGACCUGUGGGAAAAGGCCUUGGGUAAGGCAGGAAUUCUGUGGAAGUACCGUGACGUCCUUUAUGGUUUCAAGAAUGGGUUCGACCAAGGUAUCCCGACUCACCGUAUUAAAGGUGUAUCACACUUCACCCCCGACAACCACUUGUCUGCAACUUUAGCAGAGGAAAAAAUCCGGGAAUCUAUGAGGAAGGAGAUUGAUGCAGGUCGAAUGUUUGGCCCGUUCACAGUAGACCAAGUAAAGACAAAAUUCGAGUUUUUUAGGACUAGCCCUCUUGGGGCAGUGGUUAACGGUGACGGAUCAGUAAGACCCAUCAAUGAUUUAUCUUUCCCGCACGGAGACAUCUCGACACCAUCUGUAAAUUCCUUUGUAAACAAGGACGACUUCGAGACGACUUGGGACGACUACAACGUAGUUUCUUCUUUCUUCAGAAAUUCUAAGGAGCCUUUUCUAUUAGCCUUGUUUGAUUGGGAAAAGGCUUAUAGACAGAUCCCGACUCAUCCUUCACAAUGGCCUUAUUUGAUGGUUAAAGGAAUGGACGGCAAUCUCUAUUUGGACACAAGAAUUACCUUUGGUGGAGUCGCAGGAUGCGGGUCCUUUGGACGACCAGCAGACGCAUGGAAGGAAGUCAUGUUCUCAGAAUUCGACUUAAUCAAAGUCUUCCGAUGGGUAGACGAUAAUCUUUUCAUCAAGAGACCCGACUCGACAACAAAGAUGGAAGACAUUGUUGAGAGAUCCAUCGAAUUAGGGGUUUUGACAAACUUAAAGAAAUGCUCGACUUUCUCAGAAGAACAGAAAUUCAUCGGUUUCUUGUGGAACGGAGUGACCAAAACGGUACGCCUUCCGGAAGCAAAACUAGAGCAGAGAAAGAGUCAGAUACUAGAGUUUUUAGAUACUUCGAAUAAGUUCUCUUUCAACGAAGUAGAGGUGUUGACUGGUCGACUAAACCAUGUAUCAUACAUGCUACCUCAACUUCGGUGUUACCUGCGGAGCCUUUAUAGAUGGAUGUACGACUGGUUCGACCUCAACGCUAAGCGGUACUCACCCGAAGACGUCAUACUCGAUUUACGAAGAUGGCUACAUACACUAAAUCAUUUCAGACAUAGCAGACUUGUAUGCUCGCCAGACCCCGUAGACAUUGGUUGGGUAGGUGACGCCUCAACUAGCUUUGGAGUAGGGGUUGUGAUUGGAAAGUACUGGAGUCAAUUACGAAUCCUGAAAGAUCGAAUCAAGGGUUUAAAUAAGAGAAACAUCGCUUGGCUAGAAACAGUCGCCGUCAGGGUUGGGCUAAUCAUGUUACAAGUCUUGAACCGUUUACGAAAAGGAUCGAAUAUACUGGUGUGGACAGAUAAUACAACGACCGAAUCGGUAAUUCUGAAAAGGAAAUCACGGGACAUGGAAGUUAAUGAAGAAUGGAAGGUAAUACAGGACUUCCUGAUAGAAGAAGAGGUUGAAUUGACAGCUAGAAGGGUUAAAUCGAAAGAUAAUAUCGCAGACAACCUGUCUAGAGGCCUGUCAGGGAACCUCAAAGAGGGAAACAGGGUCUAUUUUUCUCUACCAGAAGAGUGGCAUACAUACCUCUACCAUGCGUGA